UGUUGGAGUGCACCCUGCCGCUCUAAGUGACGAUUUACAAACACACCUAGACAUCGACCCAGCACUUAAAAAUUCUGAUAUUUAUAUUGGAAAUUACAAUUACAUUAAAUUACAAAUGUGAUGACAUAAUACUGUUGCUUGUGCUAUUUUACAUGAAUGGUAAUAGGAGGCCUUUGAUUGGAUGGCACAGGGUAUCCAGUAAUUACUUAGAUGGCUUCUGUUUGGCAACAUGAAUUUCAAGAGAGAGGUUUCAGUAUGUUAUCUCUUAAGUUUAGGCAAAUGUCUUUGAGUUUAGGAUGAUUCAUGAAUCAUUGCCUCCAGAGUGGUUGAUGUACUGUGCUCCAGGCAGUAAUGCUACAUGUGUUGCAUUACGGUUAGGUUUGUGGAUAGAUUUUGCCCUCUAUUUGGUGUUUGUUUCAGGCAUGCUGGUUACAAUUUUAGGGAACUCACUUGUCAUCUUGUCAAUAUGUCAUUUCAAACAGUUGCAUACUCCUACCAAUGUGUUAAUCUUAUCUCUUGCUCUGGUUGAUCUACUAGUGGGUGUUAUUGUGAUGCCCUUCAGUGCCACCCGCACUGUUCAUGGCUGCUGGUUCUAUGGUGAUACGUUCUGUCAUCUCCAUUUCAGUUUUGAGGUGUUUCUCACCACUCUGUCUAUCUUCCACUUAAUUUGUAUUGCUGUUGACAGACAUCAAGCAAUUUGUAAUCCUCUGCAUUACUCAAGAAAAAUCACAAUGUCAGUGGCUGUGAUGAUGGUAUGUGUCAGCUGGGCACUGGCUGCUGUCUAUGCUUAUGGAGGACUUUAUUCAAAGGUCAAUGAGAUAGGGAUAGAGGAUGUGGAAUCAUAUUUGUGCACUGGUGGUUGUAUCAUUCUCUCUAACCCACUUUGGGACAUGUUGACCAGUGCUUUGUGCGUUUUCUUUCCCUGCACUGUGAUGGUUUGUCUUUACGCUAAAAUAUUUGUUGUGGCAAAACAGCAUGUAAGAAAGAUUGGAGAUAAGAACAAUUAUUUAAAUGACAGAGGGAGAGUUGGAUUGGUUAAAAAGUCUGAAAGCAAGGCUGCAAAGACUCUCAGUAUUGUGCUUGGUGUAUUCAUCUUUUGUUGUGUGCCUUUAUAUUUGCUAUAUUUGAUUGAUUCUCUCACUAGCUGGAGUAUACCUCCUCUGCUCGAUGAAGUAUUUUACUGGAUGAAUUACUUCAAUUCAGCCUGUAACCCCAUUAUUUACGCCUUGUUUCAUCCUUCCUUCAAAAAAUGUUUUCAUCACAUAAUCACUUUAAAAGUUUUUACCUCACAUUCUUCAAAUAUGAAUUGUUCUGAAAAAAUUAUACAUCUCAGCAUUGAAAAAAAAUCAACUGUUUAACCUCUUCAGAUAAUAAAUUUUGGAGUUUUCACCAUGUAAAGCAUG